AUGGCACUCGCGAAACAGCCCACGAAAUGGCAGAAGGAGUACUCCACUGGCUGCCGUAGCCAGCAUUGUGCACUGUUCCAGAUAACGUCUCCCAGUCUGGCUCAAACUGCCUAUACUGUUGCCAUAGUGUCUAGCGGUAUUAAUGCAGUUGGCACUAUAAAAUGCGCUCAGAUGAUUGGAGGUGCAUACUAUACAGCUCUCCGUAUACAUUCAUACCACUUUAAGGUAGCACGACAACACGUCCACGUUGUGAUGGCGGUGACCUCGUUUUUACUGUGCGUCAUAGUUCUAGUGAUUCCGCUUGCCGUCAACAUAGUUUGUCCGGACAACACUCCGGAACAGGUACCGUCUUCGCCAUUAGUACUGGUGGCUCCAUCGUCAGUCCAACCUUUCAAAUCUUGGUCAUGUUUACAAACAGCCACUACUGCCGCACACGAUAAGUAG